AUGGCCGAUCAAGCUUCCCCUGCACAGACCUUCACUUCUGUGGACCGCAUCCAGCAAUUAAACGACAUUGACCAGGAUGUUGCAAAAUUGAUACACUCGGCUGGUCUCGCCAUUCAAGCCCUCACAAACACCAACCCCGACCCCUCCAGCGAGAAGGCUUCCCUGGAAUCCCAUAAGACCCAGUUCAAAGAAGCAACCAAGCAAUACUUUGCACUCCUAUCCUCCAUUGAUGUACGGCUACGACGCCAGGUCUAUGCUAUAGAUGAGGUGGGCCUUGGUCCAGAAGCUGCUGCACAUAUGAGUGAUACUCCCGGCGCAGGUCCUACAUCAGGUGCUUCAAAUCCCCUGGACGUCAGCUGGCUCAACAGUCGGAAAGAUAUAGUUGGCAAAGACAAAGAGGCAGAAUUAUGGGCAGAAACUAAAGUGUUCUUGGAACGACUGGAGCAGGCACCUUCUAGGCAAAGCAGCUCAGUCAGCCCAGAUUACAACCCAGAGAACAUGCAGGUUGAUUGA